AUGACUGGACGUGUUGUAUUUUUGACCGGCGCCAAUGGAGGAAUCGGGUAUGAAAUCACGAAGCAAUUUUUGGCCCAGCCAGUGACGAAACUGGCGCUGGUCGUGGCGAUUGACCUUCAUGUCGAUCGACUUCGGGGACUGCUACCGGAGCAUGAAGGCCGGUUGGAGGUCAUUGCAGGGGACAUCAGCGACCGUGCAACGAGCGAAGCAGGUGUUGCAGCUGCCAUCUCGCGGUCAGGCCGGUUGGACUCGAUCAUUCUGAACGCCGGAAUCCAAGGGCCCGUGGGAUCAAUGUUGACCGUAGACGUUGCAGCCUGGAAAAGAGUAAUGGACAUCAACUUCUUCGCCCUAGUACAUUCGAUCCAAGUCGCCGCUCCCCAUCUGCACAAGACCGGCGGCACAAUCAUCAUGACCACCAGCGGUGUUUCUCUAGGGCCCUUUCCCGAGUGGUCUUCGUACGGUUCCUCCAAGGCUGCCAUGAACUACAUCAACCUGUGCUGGCAAAAAGAGGACCCUACCGUCCGUAGCGUGUGUGUCAGACCUGGCAUUGUCGACACAGGUAUGCAGACCGCAGUCCGGACCGAACUCAAGGACGACCUACCCAAAAGUACAUAUGAGUGGCUCAAGGGCGUCCAUGAUAGGGGAGAAUUGCUUUCGCCAGAUGUCCCGGCCAAAACAUUCGUCUAUUUUGCUCUCAAAGGCAUCCCCGAUGACAUGGUCAGCACUAUAGUUGACUACAACGACGGUCGUGUCAACUUUGACGAGGUGUAG